AUGGAGUAUCUAUCUACAUCGCCGUCUACGACAGCAGAUGAUAGCUCUUAUGAUGACUCGACCGGUCCUACCACCCCGGAAAGUAUCAGCCCACUACUUGGCGCUGCGCGUAUUGAGGAUGCUCUCGAGACACCGCUUGCUCAAUACCUCAACAGCAUGAAGCCCCCAGUCGCCGCGAAGAAGCCUCCAUUUCAUACUGCCCCCAAUCAGAGGGAAGCUCUGUUUUCCAAGCCAGUAAGACAUAUUGCUGUGGUUGGAGCAGGCUAUGUCGGUGGACCGACUGCCGCCGUCAUCGCAUUGCAUAACCCGCAUAUUCGGGUAGAUGUGCUUGACAAAGAUCCACGACGUGUGCGCCGGUGGAACUCGCCUCAUCUCCCUAUCUAUGAGCCGGGUCUUGUUGAUAUAGUCAGAGUGAGCCGCGACGGAGCUAGUGCCCGGUUAAGGGAUGCUUCGGUCGAAGAUGCCCCGGUAGACCGCAUUCCCAAUCUGUUCUUUACGACUGAUUCGCAGACCAGUUUGGCCAAGGCCGAUGUGGUCAUGCUGGCUGUUAACACGCCCACAAAGACAUUUGGUGUUGGAGGUGGACGCGCGACUAAUAUGACAACUUUCGAUGCAGCAGCCAAAGAGGUGGCUUUAUAUGCCAGACCUGGCACGAUCAUUGUCGAGAAAAGUACGGUGCCUUGUGGUACAGCUCAGCGUGUGCGAAAGAUGCUCGAUGAAGUCCGACCAGGUGUUGCUUUUGAGAUUCUCUCCAACCCAGAAUUCCUUUCAGAAGGCACAGCCGUGCGAAAUUUGAUGAAACCCGAUCGUGUACUCAUUGGGUCGGCCAAGACUCCUUCAGGUCGUCGGGCUGCAGAGGCUCUCGCUAAUGUCUAUGCGGCCUGGGUUCCUCGUCCUCGAAUCCUAGAAGUCAACGCAUGGUCGUCUGAGCUUGCUAAGCUGGUUAGCAACGCGAUGCUUGCACAACGUAUAAGCAGCAUCAAUUCAAUCAGUGCUAUCUGCGAUAAAACGGGAGCCGAUAUCGAUGAGAUUGCCAAAUCAGCUGGUAUCGACCCUCGCAUUGGCUCACAGUUCCUCAAGGCUGGCCUGGGGUUCGGUGGUUCAUGCUUCCGUAAAGAUAUCUCCAGUUUAACAUACCUGGCUGAGUCGCUGGGAUUGCCUGAAGUGGCACAUUAUUGGAGUCAAGUCAACUCGAUGAACGAGUGGCAACGAGACCGCUUUGCUUAUAAGAUUAUUCAACGUUUGGAAGAGAACUUGGUCGGGAAAAAGAUCGCUCUCUUGGGAUUUGCUUUUAAGAAGAAUACCGGCGACACGCGUGAAUCGCUAGCCGUGGAUGUCAUCCGAGUUUUGUUGCAGGAAAGACCUGGAGAGAUUGCCAUUUUCGACCCCUGCUGCCUGUCCGAGGAUAUUAUGCGUGAAUUGGAGCCAAUCCUGGACGCUACCAACCGAGAACGUGUUCACGUGUACUCUGAUGGCUACCAGGCUUGCCAACAAGCACACGCAGUCGUUGUCAUUAACGACUCUGAUCCAUUCCGUCAAUCUCCCGCCAAGCAGCCUGUUAAAUCCAAUAUCGACUCAGUUGCGCGGACACCUUAUUACGAGACUUCUACUCAUAGCGCACCCGUCGUACCCGAAGAAGAUAUGGUCAUUGACGGAAGUCGCUUCAGUUACCGACCAGGCCAAUCACCCAUUUGCGCUGAGGAUUGCCCAGACUGCCAAUCGGUCAAAUUACGAGGAACAAUGUCAAGCGAGCCAGUCGAAUGGGCACGCAUUGCGUAUGGUAUGAAAGACCCUAAAUGGAUCUUCGACGGUCGUGGAGUGUUGGAUGUGCCGGAGAUGGAAAAAUUGGGUUACCGCGUAGAGACGCUGGGUCGUCAAACAAGCUCCCGUCAGAUUGCAUUCUAA